AGCGGAGGGCCUGGCGAAGCGUGGUAACCUCUCAAAAUCGUUGCAAUCCCUGCAAGCCACGCCCGUGUCGCCUGCCUCACCUGAAGUUCUCGAGGCCCUCAGGACGAGACACCCACCUGCAUCCCAACCGCUACCUGAGUGGCUGCACGCUGCCACAGCGGAAAACCCUCCCGCUAUCGAAGCCCGCGACUUCAGAAGGAUCAUCGCCAAGCUCCCCAAUGGAGUGGGGGCGGGCCCCUCAGGAACUACCUUCGAACAUCUCCGUGAUGCAGCACUAGGAAACGCCGAAGUCUUCACCCACCUCCUAGCCCUCACCAACACGGCUCUGGCGGGGAAGCUACCAGCCGUAGCGGGAGAGCUACUUACCGCCUCUCGUCUUUUGGCCUUCACGAAACCGCACGGUGGGACGAGGCCGAUCGCGGUUGGGGAAUGCCUACUUCGGAUCAUCGCCAAAGCCGCUCUUUUCCUGAUCACGCCCGCUGCUAGAUCUCACUUCGUCCCCCUCCAGUUCGGCGUGGCGGUAGCGGGGGGCAUUGAGGCCGCUAUACACACGACACCGGCUCACCCGCAGGUGGUCCUACUCGCCUACGCCGACGACAUCACGCUGCUCGGUGAUGCGUCCGCCUGCGCCGCGGCCUUCGACCACCUCACAGCCGCGCUCGCCUCCAUGGGGCUCCUUCACAACCCUGCUAAGUGCGCGGCUUGGUCCGCCGCCCCAAUUGACCCUGCCUCCGUCCCCCCCGGCAUCACCGUCUCAACCGAAGGGCUGCAAAUCCUCGGCAGCCCCGUCGGCACAACGCAGGGCUGCGCCGCGGCAGUCAGGGACAGACUUACGGCAGCAGCUGAACCGCUCCCGUUGCUAGCGCAAAUGGACCCGCAGCUCUGCCUCCUCCUCCUCACACGUUGCGUCAGCCGCCGCGCCUCCUUCCUGGCAAGGACAACCCCGCUGGAGGUCCUGCCCACAGCAGAAUGGUCGGCAUGGGGGGAGCGGCUGCUCCACGCGUUCCUAGAGGCCGCGCACAUUGUCGCGCCAAGGAGCAACGCGGAAAGGAGGCGUAUUUGGCGGCAGGCAGCGCUCCCCGUUACCUUGGGGGGUUUGGGCAUUACGGACCCGGCCGUGGAAGGGAGUUACGCGUACCUCGCUUCGGUGGUCGGCGCGGCUCACCUCCUGCACUCGCUAGCCGACUCCCUACACCCCGCCAUAGCCGCACUGCUCCCCCUUAUGGACUCCGCCCCGGACUCCGCAGCGGCCCUGCCCUCGCGCCUAGCUGCAGCUGAAGCGGCCCUGCCCCCUGACGGCUUGGAGGCCCUUCAGGCUGUCCCCCCUCGCUGCCUUAUCUCGCUGCCGUGCUGCUUUUGGUCCACCGUUGCCAUGCGCCUUCCCCUCCCACCCCUCCCCGACCACUCACUUGUCCGCAUCUACUGGGCGGCAGCGGCAGGGAGCAGGGAGGAGCAGUGGGAGCAGCCAGCGCAAACCCAGAGGGUGUGGAAGGGUGCGAUGGAGCGAAUGGUUGCUGCUGCUGAUGGUGCUGAUGCUACUGCUGGUGGCGUUGGCGCAUGCAGAGCAGCACUCCAAAUGACACUCCAAGAGGGAAACUCGACACAGCGUGGCCCAUCCAGCACUCGUUUCUCAUUCAUGCAUUCAUCCGUUGUUGCUUCAACACUCCUGUUGUCCCGUUGUUCCCUGCAUUUGCUCUCUUAUUUCCUCUCCCUUCCUCUUUCACCUCCCCUACCUGCUCCUUCCCCCCCUCCUUCUUCCCAUCUCCUUUCCCUCUACCCAUCCCCUUCCAGCAAUGCAAACUCAAUGGGGGUGGAAUGGUGCGAUGCUUCACUGGCUCGACACUCCACUCUGGUGAGAAGCUUCGCUGGCUCGACACUCCACUCUGGUGAGCAGCUUCACUGGCUCAACACUCCACUCUGGUGUGGCUUCACUGGCUCGACACUCCACUCUGGUGUGGCUUCACUGGCUCGACACUCCACUCUGCUUCACUGGCUCGACACUCCACUCUGGUGUGGCUUCACUGGCUCGACACUCCACUCUGGUGUGGCUUCACUGGCUCGACACUCCACUCUGGUGAGCAGCUUCACUGGCUCGACACUCCACUCUGGUGAGCAGCUUCACUGGCUCGACACUCCACUCUGGUGUGGCUUCACUGGCUCGACACUCCACUCUGGUGAGCAGCUUCACUGGCUCGACACUCCACUCUGCUUCACUGGCUCGACACUUCACUCUGGUGAGCAGCUUCACUGGCUCGACACUCCACUCUGGUGUGGCUUCACACGCAACCCCACUCUGACUACAGGGCAGCGCCUAACCACAGAGAGCAGCGGAGCAGAGGAUAAAGGAGAGGAAACAGAGGAGGAGAAGAGGAAGCAAGGGAGGAAAAGAGGAAGCAGGGGAGGAGAAGAGGAAGCAGAGGAGGAGAGGAAGCAGAGGAGGAGGAGAGGAAGCAGAGGAGGAGGAGAGGAAGCAGAGGAGGAGGAGAGGAAGCAGAGGAGGAGAAGAGGUUGCUUCUGCAGACGUGGUAAGAUCUCCCUUGCAGUUCAUUCUUAUCGUCCUCCUCCUUUCGUCUUCGCUCGCACUGCUUAUCUCAUAUCUUCCCUGUCUCCUCCUCCCCUGCCUUUUGUCCUACAGCCAAGCACAACAGGGGAGUUGCAACAGCAGCAACAGUAUCAAGCGGCAACAGGCAAGGGCGAAUCAGCUGAGCCCUCUUCCCGUGGCAUCGACGGCAGUGGUGGCAUGGACGGCAGUAAUGGCAUGAGACGAACUUCAGGCACAGCCAAGUCAGACAAGGCGGAUCAUCCUCUUUUCAUGAUGCGACAAAACUGGACUCCUUGCAUUGCCCCUUCCCCUUCCCCCCCCUGCAACACACCUCCCCCUGUGACCCACCCACCUCAGCAACUCCCCGCGUAG